UUGCUCAACAUCAAUCUCUCUCUCACUUCCCGUGAGCUCGUGCAAUAACUUUCCGAGCGAGGUGAGCUGAGCUGACUCGAUCCUGACGAGUUUCGGUGAGCGAGAGGCCGAGCGAGCGAGCGAUGGACGCUCUCGCGAGUCGCGGCAUCAAGAUUUUGUUCAAAGACGGAGCAGGUUCGUGCUUGUCGCCGUUCGGAGAGGUCGUUGUUUCCAGAGCAGACGUUCGCUUCCCGCGAGUCCAGAAGCUCGCUGACUUCGGAUUCUUCCGUUUGGCCUCAGCUCAUCACAAGCUCGUCGGUCCGGUUCCUUCUCUUUCGUCCAACAUCGAGCAUCCUUUACUGCAAGCAGCCAUAGAGACAGCAGAAGAUGAGGCCACAGAGACAUGUUCUUCGAGGAAAGUGCGUGUCAGAUUUCAGUUACAGAGAGAGUGUCAAUUUGGAGAACAAUUUCUUGUAGUAGGGGAUGAUCCGGCGUUGGGGUCGUGGGACCCAUCAAGCGCAGUACCAUUGGACUGGUCAGAUGGACACAUAUGGUCAGUAGAACUGGACAUGGCCACUGGGAGAGAUAUUCAGUUCAAGUUCAUAUUAAGACAAGGAAACGGAGGGACACUGUGGCAGCCGGAUCCGGAUCGGAUUCUACAAAUCUUGGAUACUGAUAAAAUCAUUACUAUCUAUGAAGAUUGGGAAAAUGCCGGAUUACAAAAGAUUACCGAGGAAGAAUUGUCGGACAUCCUCUCUGAGGUUGAGGAGCCUACUCAUGGUUCAGAAAGGUCGAUAGUUUUAGAGAACUCAAAUCCAUGGAGAAAAGAAGUGAUGCUAGAAGCCAGCAAUGGAUCAGCUUUCGCUGGUAAUUAUGCUGCUCCCGAAGAGAGUCCUCUGGUGGAAGCACAUGAUGACUUGAGUUUUCCUGAAACCGUUGCUCCGGUAGAAGAGAUGCCUAUGGCUCUUUAUGCAGAUAAUAUUAUGCAAAAGCAGGAGCAGUCUUCAAAAGAUGCAGCUAACAAUGUGCACUGUGAAAAGAGAACUGGUUACCAAAAUGCGGACCUGACCAUAUCGCACCAAGUUCUUGGAAACAACGGCAGAGCCACAGUCAAUAACUUGACAAACAUGAAUUUCCAAAGUGACCUAGUUACAGUUGAUGAAGUUCCUGUGCUGGUUCCUGGUUUGACUUCCAUAUCAAUGGUGCUAACAGAAGAGUCAAAUCAAUGUGAAGAAGGACGAAGCAGUGCAGGUGAUGCCUCUGGUGGACCUGAUGAAGCUAUAAGUUCAAAAUUACCAGAGCAAGAGCAUGGAUGCAAUCCGUCCGCAGAGGAAACGGCGCUGAGUUUUGGUGAAGGAAAGCUCGAUAACCAACACAAACAGAUUAUCCACAUAGACAACAGAGAAGGGAAGACCGACCCCGAGACUUUACAUAAUGUAUUAAGGAAUGAUAUGCGAUGGGGCCGUAGGACAUUGCAGAAGUUUCUAGCAACUUUGGGGUUGCUAUAGUGGGUCGACUCGAAGAAUAUACGAGAAAAGAGCUGCUCUUCAAGAAACUCUACAACGCAUGCUAUUGUCACCUGUCCUUUUGAGUGCGCUCACGAUUUUUGUACUAUAGAUCGAGUAGUGUGCAUGUAUUUGUACAACUCUAUUGCAGCAAACUCCAUAAAUAGAGUGUAGCGUACUAGAAUCGCUAGCAGUAGUUUUUUAAUGUAGUGCUGCACACAAGAGAACUAGUUGAAAUGCCUGUUGUAUCACUAUGUGCAUAUGGAAGUAGUGAUUAUCAUCUGGGAGUUCUGUCGAAAUUUUGGAACUGUGCUUAGGGUACUAUGCUUUCCUAUCCUAUGAAAUUUUCCUGAGUGUC